ACUUUAUUACUUGCUUGGCUACCUGUAACCUGAGCAGUCGUCGCAACCGGCACGAUCACAGUUAUUCAACAUGGACCCCGCGACCAGUAUAGCCAGCAGCGCACCAGAUCAACGUCAAAUUCGAUUGAUAGCAGCGGCUGCCCAGCUGAACGAACCUCGAAUUCGCGACAUCCUCUCGGAGGAUCCCAAUUGGAGCUCGGCUACCGACCGCGAUGCUCUCCGACAAUCCCUGCAAAAGGUUGCGGCUCGCGGCAAACUCGACCUCGUGCGACUCCUGAUCUCUCACGGUGCGGAUCCUGACGCGAAACCCGGACGCGACAACGAGAUUCCUGCGAUAUUCAAAGCAGCCGAGGGCGGACAUGCGACAAUAAUUGCCGAGCUGAUUGCACAUGGCGCCGACCCAGACUGGAAACAUCCAAGGACGGGGCAAACGGCGCUUUUUGCGGCGGCAUGUCGGAGCCAUGUUGCGGCCAUAGGAGCGCUGGUGGAUGGUGGCGCGUCGAUUGACACAAGAGACAAGGACGGGCGCACACCACUGCUAUACAUUGCUUCGGACAAGAAGGCUGGGAAAUGCUCGGCAGAGACUCUCAAGCUGUUGGUGGACCGCGGUGCCGACCUGGAGGUUAGGGAUGCUAUCAGUCGCACGCCGUUGGUUUGGGCUGCUACAACCGGUAACCUGAAACUUCUGGACAUCUUGACGAGCGGAAGUCUGGGUCGAAGGGCGGACAUGACGGCGACCAACAACCGCGGGAGGACGGCGUUACACUUGGCGGCCGAGCAGAACCACCCAGAGAUGGUCAGGUUGCUGCUGGAGCGGGGAGCAGACCCAAGCGCAGUCAGCGACGGCGGCUGGACAGCACUGCAUAAUGCGGCCCAGGGCGGACACACAGACGUCAUCGGGCUGCUGUUGCAAGCACGAGGGGUGGAUGUCAACGCAGAGCUAAACAACGGCAUGACACCACUGCACUGGGCGGCUUUCAAUGGCCACGAGGCGGCCGUAGUCAUACUGCUCGAGCAUAAGGAUACCAAGGUGGACAUCAAAGAUGGUUUCUAUCGGACUCCCCUGUUGUGCGCUGCCGAGAAGAGACAUGGGAACAUCGUUCAGCUGCUUUCACCUGCGCGCGCAGCGUCCCGGCUGUCCGACGCGGCGCGGCGUGCAUGUGAGAGCUUCCAGGCUACUGUCGUCGACUUUGGAGACUUUCGAGACGGCAAAAAGCAACUGGUGUUCAAGCCAUCCGUUUUUGAGUUGCUCUACGGGUGGAACCACGAAAACGACAAGCCGACGAUCCCAACCUCAACCAAGAACAUCAAGUAUGAACCUUCUUUCCGAUGGAUCCACCUCCCUGCCAACAAUCUCGCCUGGGUGGAGACCCUGGUGUCCAAGUCAUUCAUCGAGAACGGACACCGCGACAUUGAGGCUUUCAAGUCGCUGGAGAGGUGCUUUGACCAGGAGCACUGCGGCCCGUUUGCGCAUGCCAACUUCAUGAGACCUUUUGCAGCCCGCAUCCCAGCUAUACAGAACCAUGGGUAUCUCGACCGUGAGGAAAAGACGUUGGUGGCACUGUCGGAAGAUACUUCACAGGUCAGCACCAUGGUGGAUUCGCCCAGGCCAGACAAGGGGCACUUUUCACCCACAAAACCGACAAGAUCAGACACUGGCAGUACAAAGCCUAUCCCAAGAUCGGAUACGGGCAGCACAACGGCCAGGUCUGACGGUAAGAAGAGUAAAGGCGAGCAGUUUGUAGAAAGACAUGGCCAUGCAAAGAAGAGGGCACGUGGGCCUCCCGGGAAUGCCCCUGGAUCCAAGGCUCGCCACAGUAGUUUGACAUUGCCGCUUCCUUGGGAGAACUCUCGAUUGGCUGCACCGAGUGGACGGAUGAUUUUGUUUAUGCCAUUUCUCCACUAUGAAACCAAUGAAAGACGCAAGAAAAUGACUGCAGCCAUCAAACUCGCCGAGUCUGGCGCACCCCUUUCCUCAAAUCCCUGUUGCGACGAGCUCCUUAUCCACGGCUACAUCAACAACAAUCCGCCUUUGCAUCCACGACGUACCCUCGACCAGUUCUUCUAUCACGGCAUCGACACAGCCCUUCGCGACGAGGACCAGGUUGUAUACAGAUACUGCAAACUGCACCGCCAAGAAGUCAAGGUCUUUAUGGUCGACCAGCUCUGGCUAUGGGUGCUGAGCAGAGAUCUAGUCAUCACAUGCUUUCCUCAACGGUGGAACCAACCGAAGCAGGAUCCAUUGAACAUGCUUGACGGCAUCAUAGAGGAGACAAACGCCAAGACACGACCUCCUGUACAGACAGUGUACGACCUUGCCAUGCUCAUCACCAACCGAUGUGCCGGACUGUUUGACCGUCAUAGGCUGGAAAGUCAAGAGUUUCAGUUCUUGGACAUUUUCGAGAGUUCCGUCGGCAGGGUGACCAACCGAGAGAGUGAGCUAUUUGUCCGCUUCAAUCGUGCUUCGGAACUGUCUGGAAGGUUGAGGAAGCAGUUGGCGGGGCGUGCUCCCAGACCCGACAAGGACCGAGACCCGGCUGACGAGCUGCUGGACAUUGGCAGCGAGACGGAGCUACUGGCUGAGAUCAAGGACAUAAGGGACGAGCUGAACAUUCUCCACACGGUACUCAAUGGUCAGAUGAUUGUGCUGGACGAGUUCGAACGACACAUCACCGACGAGGUGCGGGCGUCGACAGCGGCGGAUCCGUCAGCCAGGAGGACGACCGACAUGUUUGUGGCUGAUUGCAAAAGACGGUCCCGGGAUCAGAGGCGGCUACUAGAGACCCAUCUCGAAGACAUUGUCCGGAUCAACAGACAAUCCGAAAGCAUCUACCACUCCCUCACCAACCUCCUCGACCUCAAGCAGAAGCAUAGCAACGCCUUGGAGGCAAGGUUUGCUAGAGACCAAGCCGUAAUAGCAGCACGACAAGGUCAGACCGUCAUGGUCUUUACUCUGGUGACCAUCGUCUUUCUACCCAUGAGUUUCAUCGCCGCCUUCUUUGCCAUCAACUUUCGGGAGUGGCAGGAUGCGGAUGGACAACCUGGUCUCAGCAUUGGCUUUGCUAGCAAGUACAUGUUUGGCAUCGGGCUGGGGAUAUCGAUCCCUCUGAUCAUCUUGGCUUUCACCGUCACAGAAGUUGUGGAUUCAGUACUGGGGUUUGUAAGUGGUUUGGCUCAAAAACCAAAGAGCAAACCCGACGAGGACCCACAGCCCGUCAGGCGCUUGUCUACUUCUCGGCAUCAACAGUCUAUCAACCUCGACAUGAACGGUGCCACGCGAAGGAAGCCUGGCUACGCAGGUCUCUCCCCUCCUCCCUCAGCAGCCGGCAGCCCAAUAUCACCCAUGAUGCCGGGGCCCUAUGAUGCACACCGACUCUCGCCACUUGCUGGAACUGUAUUUAGGCCCCGGUCAGGUAGUGGCAUCUCGUGGGCACCUCGGUCGAGCUUUGAUCGUCGCAAGGGCGAUGGAGAUCUUGAAAGAGGUGGGUAUCGCUGCUGACUAGUCGUACAGCUUCGUAGACAGGCGACAGUCAGGUAGGUAGUCAAGCAGGUAGACAAGCAUGUACCGGGGACUCUGCCCGAUUAUAUAUACAAACCCAUCGGGCCAACAUGUAUAUGUUGUGCUCGCCGCUGUGCCUUUCCCAGCAAUUCGAAUAGCGCCUUGGGUAUGCGUGACAUGACGAGCGCGACAGUCACAGGAACAGCAAUGCGAUGGCAGCGGUGCACUGAAGGCCAGAGAGUCGAUGGCCAUCAUGAUCCAGGGAAAAUGGACAGCUGCGUCAGAGCCCAUCGUCACCACUAGAUAAUCGUAGCUUGUGUGUCCCUUCAUGUCACGGGUCCCAUCAAUAAUUUCGCUGAUGGCCCUUCGGGG